AUGAAGCUCCAAUCCAACAGACUCACUGGAGAAAUUCCUCCACAAUAUUCACAACUAGGGAAGUUGUCUAUAUUGAAUAUCAAUAGGAAUUCAUUGAACAGCUCGAUCCCAUCUGCAAUUUCCAGCUUAGGGAAUCUCACAAUACUGGACUUGCGGGACAACAGAUUUGAUGGUUCAAUACCCGAUUCAAUUGGGAACUUGAACUCACUGAUGGAACUUCAGCUGGGAAACAACAAAUUGAGUGGGAAGAUUCCUAGUAUGCCUGGUACCUUGCAGAUUGCUCUCAACCUCAGCAGGAACCUCUUGGAUGGGCCUAUCCCAGACACUCUGAAAGGCUUGAGUGCUUUAGAGGUUUUGGAUCUCUCACACAACAAAUUUACAGGUAAAAUCCCACUGUUUCUAGCCGAUCUCCAAAGCCUUACACUACUGUUACUUUCCAACAAUACGCUAUGGGGUAAUCGUCCAAACUUCCACCAGCGAGGGAUUGUUGUUGAUACCAAUGGAACUAAAGAUUUUUGGGGUGCCACGUUCUUGUCUUCAAUCUUAACUGGCGAAGAAGAUACUUCAGAUUUUGGAGGUGUAUAUCCAUAUCUGUAUAGCAAAGCUACUGAAAUUCAGAUUCGUAUGAUGCUUACUGUUAGAGCUAAAAUUCUGAUUCAUGCUUGUGUUCAUGUUUUAAGGUUAAGUUUUUUCAGAUUUACUUUCAGUAUUGGUGCUUCAUACAUAGAGGUGCCAACUGAGUCCCUUGAUGUCUCCAAAAAUUCUUUGACUUUCAUCCCUGAUGGGUUCAUCAGAGACUGUGGAGGGAUUAAUGGGCUUAAGAAAUUGAAUUUCAGUAUGAACAGGUUGUCCGGUUUCUUGCCUACUUUUGGUAAUUUUAGUGGGUUGCAGUAUUUGGACUUGUCUUUUAAUUCAUUCACUGGAGGUAUCGAUUCUCAAUUAAAUGGGUUAGUUGGAAUCAGAAGCUUGAAUCUGAGCUUCAACCAGUUCAUUGGCUCUGUUCCUUCCCAACUUGGUAAAGCCAUGGCUUUGGAAGAGUUGGAGCUCGCGAACAACCAAUUUAAAGGUCAAAUCACAGAAGAGCUCAUGAAUUACACAUCUCUAGUUCUGCUUGAUCUCAGUAGUAAUCAGCUUUCUGGGUCAUUUUCUGAUAGGAUAGGACAGCUCUCCAAGUUGGAAACCCUCCUUCUAUCCUCCAAUAAUCUUAUUGGAAGAAUUCCUGAGAAUAUUUCAAGAUAUCUGGGGAGUCUGAAUCUCAGUCACAAUAAGUUUAGUGGUUCAAUCCCAUCAGACCUUCUGUCAUCACCAAAUUUGCAGUAUGUUGAUGUGUCUCACAAUUUAUUGGAAGGGCCGAUUCCAUCGAACAUUUCACAGAGCUUGAUUUGGUUGAGACUUGGGAGCAAUUCUCUUGAUGGUACCAUCACUUCUCUGGCUGAUGGAAUGCUUUCAAAAUUGAUUUAUCUCGAACUCGAGAACAAUAGAUUGAAUGGGUCUAUUCCUCCAAAACUGGGAACUUUUCAGAGUUUAGCUCUGUUGAAUCUUGCUCAGAAUCAGUUCUCUGGUCCAUUACCGAAAGUGUUGGGAAAUCUUCAUCAACUUGAGGUUAUGGAGCUCCAAUCCAACAGGCUUACUGGAGAAAUUCCUCAACAAUAUUCACAACUUCAGAAGUUGUCUAUACUGGAUAUGAGCAGGAAUUUGCUGAACAGUUCGAUUCCUUCUACAAUUUCCAGGUUAGGGAAUCUCACAAUUUUGGACUUACGAGACAACAGAAUUGAUGGUUCAAUACCCGAUUCAAUUGGGAACUUGAACUCACUGAUAGAACUCCAGUUGGGAAACAACAAUUUGAGUGGGAAGCUUCCUAUUAUGCCUAGUAACUUGCAGAUUGCUCUAAACCUCAGCAGGAACCUCUUUGAUGGACCAAUCCCAGAUACUCUGGAAGGGUUGAGUGCUUUGGAGGUUUUGGAUCUCUCAAACAACAAAUUUACUGGUGAAAUCCCACAGUUUCUAACUGAACUGCAAAACCUUACACUACUGUUACUUUCCAACAAUCCGCUAUGGGGUAUUUGUCCAAACUUCCCCCCCUGGAUUGGUGUUGAUACGGAUGGAACUAAUGUUCUAAUAAUACCACACGAAGAAGAUCUCUCUCCAGAAAAAAAACCAGAAGAAGAAGAAGAAGAUCCACUGCCUAAUGCAUUGUAUUUCUAUAUAUCUUUUGCUCUUUCAUACCCUCUUGGAUUUUGGGGUGCCUGUGCUCCUCUUCUCCUCAAUCGUAACUGGCGAAGAAGAUACUUCACAUUUUUGGAAACAUAUAUCCAUUUAGGUUUAACAAAGCUAUCUGAAAUUAAGAUUCGUAUGAUGAAAUGUUGUUACUGUAAGAGCUAA